AUGGUGAGCUUCCAUGUUUGGAUGACCUAUCCCACUGCAUUGUACAGAUAUGUUCCUGCCUUGCAUUUUCCGAAGGACAAGCUGAAGAAUACAAGUGUAGGAGAAAUAUUCCUGAUCAAAUUCUGA